AUGCCCAAGGAGAGCAAAAUUGCCAUGAGUUCGCAUUCUGCAUCAAUCUCCGCACCUUACCCUUCCGCAUCGUCGAGCGGACAGAGGAAUGCUGCGAUAUGGAGUUCUGCGGAUGACGAGAUUCUAUUGAGAGCACGAGCGUCUGGGCUGAACUGGCAACCGAUUGCGAGUCGACACUUUCCCAAUAAGACUGCGAACGCCUGCCGAAAACGACACGAACGUCUCAUGGAGAGACGCCUUGUGGACGACUGGGAUAGCCACAAGCUUGAGCUCCUCGCUCAGGAGUACAUGGCUUGCAGAAGAGAGAUGUGGGAGAUCCUCGCCGCAAGACUUGGCGAGAGAUGGGCCGUUGUCGAAGCCAAGUGCAUGGAGAAGGGUCUCAAGACACUCCAAACUGCGGCUCGGACGGCACACAGGAAGGCUGCAGCUGACAGCCAAUCGUUCGAAGAUCGAGGUAUUUCAGACCACAAUAGCGACUCUGGCAUUGGCCUGGGAUCGGACACUGAGAUGGAGGUAGGCGACGAGGCCGGACCUUCUACCAAAGCUUCGUCCUGGCAUGCUCACCCAACGGUACAGCAACCACAUCACGACCACGUACGAUCACGAAGCCUCCCACAACCGCUGCCACUGUACCAACCACCGCCUCCAGUCAUCCAACGACGUACUUUUGAGGGAAGCGCAAUGACGACGAGCCCGCAAGAUGUUUCCUUUCAAGGAUCGUCAGCAUCUCAACGAUGCUCGCCAGAAUCACAAAACGGACGGGGCGGCAUCAGCAUUCAGUCCAUCGUUUCCAACUGA